UACACGCACCGCACAGGCGCACUGCGCUUACUUAGUCGCCGCUGCCAGCGUCUUCUUCCCUACACUGGACCACAACCUCCCCGCAGCGCGUUCACGCUGUCCCACGGGGGUCCUCCAUACUGUCUCCUGACUCUCCUCUGAUCCUUAACCGUCACUAUGGGUGAGCCCCAGCAAGUGAGCGCCUUGCCUCUUCCACCUGUGCAGUACAUCAAAGAAUAUACAGAUGACAAUGUUCGUAAAGGAUUAGUCCCUAAACCACCCCCUCCAGUGAAGGACAGCUACAUGAUGUUUGGGAACCAGUUUCAGUGUGACGACCUGAUAAUCCGACCCCUGGAGAGUCAGGGUAUUGAACGACUCCAUCCUCAGCAGUUUGACCACAAAAAAGAGCUGAGAAAACUCAAUAUGUCCAUCCUGGUCAACUUCCUAGAUAUGCUAGAUAUUUUGAUUAGAAGCCCUGGUAGUAUAAAGCGUGAGGAGAAGCUGGAAGACAUUAAGCUGCUGUUUGUUCACAUGCAUCACCUUAUUAAUGAGUACCGGCCUCACCAAGCCCGCGAGACCCUCCGAGUGAUGAUGGAAGUUCAGAAAAGACAGCGCUUGGAGACAGCUGAGAGGUUUCAGAAGCACCUGGAGAGGGUGGUGGAGAUGAUACAAAACUGUUUGUCCUCGUUGCCAGAUGACCUGCCUUUGCCCGAUAGUGGAGUCACCAUUAAGACUGAACCUAUGGAGAUGCAGGAACCUAGUAUAGACCAGCAGGACAUUACCCCAGAGGCAUCCUCUUCUGGUAAAGAGAUGGUAGAUAAAGAUGCAGCCAUGUGUGUCAUUAUUGAUGAGAUGACAUAAAACGUAUUUAUAGUGACGUGAUGGAACUAUCUUUUGGGAUGUUGGGGAGGUUUCUUGGGUCUUGCACCAGCUAUUCACCCUGGACCAUUGAUGGGUGUUCAAACUGAAGCGAUAUGGCAGCAGUUCGUUGUGCUGGGAACUCGUUCUGGACUAAUUGAGUUUAAUCAGGAAUUUCUUGUCACCUAGAAAUGUUCUAGAGUAACCGCCAGUACACAGUACAGCACAUGCCUAUAUCAUGUUACAGGGGUCUAAACUCUUUAUGCGCCCAGUAGGUGGUCUUCAUGACAUUUGGUUUUCAUGUGCAUAAGUAAACAUUGCAGUUUAUUAGU